AUGAGAGAUAAUGGAGAUAUAUGUUUAAUAGAUUUUGGUCUCUCAAUGGAAAUCACAAAAGGAUAGCUAUUGGUAACAGCUUGCGGGAGUCCUUGUUAUGCUGCUCCUGAAAUGUUGGAAGGCAAAAAUUAUGAUGGUACAAAAACUGACAUUUGGAGUUGCGGCGUUAUUCUGUAUGCUAUGCUAUGUGGUUACUUGCCUUUUGAUGAAGAGAAUACAUAAGUAAUAUCUUAUAAACUACAUUUCAGACUUUGUAUGACAAAAUUAAACUUUGUUAAUAUACGAUUCCUAAUUCAUUGCAUAAAGAUGCCAAGGAUCUCAUUAGCAAAAUCCUAGUAUAAGAGGAUUAGAGAAUCAAUAUUGAGUAGAUUAAAAAUCACCCAUUUCUUUUAAAUGAUGAUGAAGGUCAGAAUAGCAAUGAAUUAUCAAUUGAAUAAAUCGAAUAGCCUAUUGACUAUUAAGAAAAUUAAGAUAAUGAGAAUUAGUAAGCAUCCUUAAUAUAAUCACAACAACAGGAGGAAGACACUGUUGAAUAUGUUUAGCCAAUCUAAGAAAUUUAGAAAAGACCUAAAGGACAUACAUUAAAACGAGAAUCUAUAAUGAAUGAAUUGGAAGUCAAUAUCAACGGCAUGUCACCCAAAAAUAAAUUUGAACUGCCCAAUCCAAGUAAAGAGAGGAAGAACUUGAAAACCAUUGAACAAGCCUUUUAAAUAAUAUAGGAAUCUUCAAAAUAAAAGGAUAAAAAAAUUCCUGAGGAAUAACAAUAAUAAUAAAUUUAGUUAGCUAAUAAGCCAGCCAUGAAAAUCAACACUAAUAAACCGUAUACUAAAAUAAAGUAUGUACAAACUAUUAGGUAUCGUAAUUGA